AUGCCGGCGCCGGAUUUCACCUCCGCCAACGUCGGGGACGCGGUGAUGACCAGCUACCUUCUCGACCUCGAUCACUACUGGCAAAUAAAGCAGCUGCACCCCAAUGGCCAGCGGAUCACAUCUCCCCCCUUCAAAGCUGGAGGUUGCUCCUGGCGCAUCCACUACUACCCCAAUGGCGUCUCCUCCUCCUGCGAAGAUUACAUAUCAAUCUUCGUCGCCCUUGACAGCAGAGUCUCCGAGCCCGUCAAGGUAUGGUCUAGGUUCACCCUGCUUGACCUGGCCGCGGAAGAACCAGUGCCAGGUCACUCCGUGUACACGGAAUUAAGGGAGUGCUCUGAAGUCGGCGCCACCCACGGUUGCGAUCUUUUCAUCCGGAAGAAGUUUUUGGAGACGUCAGGGCAUCUCCUUAACGGCUGCUUCGCUAUCUUGUGGGAAGUCUUCGUGGACAGGGCAACGCCGCAGCAUGACUUCUCGGACGCCGACGUCAUGUUCCAAGUCGGCGACGAGGUGUUCAGCGCCCACAGGAGUGUUCUUGCGGCAAGGUCGCCGGUCUUUGAGGCGGAGCUCAAUAGCGUGACGAGAGUGGCAGGAGAGUGCAUACGGAUCGAUGAUAUGCUUCCUCAGGUGUUCGAGAGCCUGCUACACUUCGUAUACACAGAUUCGUUGCCGGAGAUGACUGGGGCAGAAGAGCCUAUGAUGGCUGAGCACCUGCUGGUAGCGGCGGACAGGUUCGGCAUGCAGGAUCUCAAGCUGAUCUGCGAGGAGAAACUGUUGUGCACGGAUAUAAACGAGGACACGAUUGCAAAGAUGCUGAGACUUGCUGUACAACACCACUGCCGUUUGCUCAGGGACGCUUGCAUUGAGUUCCUUGAAGAUCCUCCUGUACUCCAAGCAGUCAUGGCAAACGACGACGAGGACUUACUUGAGCUUGUGGCUAAGACUUGCCCUGCGGUUUUGAAGGAGUUGUGCGCUUGUGAUGAGGAUGGCUGUAUGCAAGACGAGUUGGCCAUGUGCUUCUGA